AUGGAGUUGAGAAAUGACACCAGAGUAAAAGAAUUUGUAUUUCUGGGUCUUACUCAGUCCCCACACCUGAGCCUGGUCUUAUUCCUUGUUUUGGGUUUUGUGUACAUGACAACACUGCUUGGGAAUCUCCUCAUCAUGAUCACUGUGACCUUUGAGCCCCGUCUCCAUACACCCAUGUACUUCCUGCUCCGCAACCUUGCCGUCCUGGACAUCUGCUUCUCCUCCAUCACAGCCCCUAAGGUCUUGGUGGACCUUCUCUCAAAGAGAAAGACCAUUUCCUAUGCAAAGUGCAUGACACAGAUGUUUUUCUUCCACCUGCUUGGUGGGGCAGACAUUUUCUCUCUCUCUGUGAUGGCAUUUGAUCGUUACAUGGCCAUCUCCAAGCCUCUGCACUAUGUGACCAUCAUGAGCAGUAGGCGCUGCACAGCCCUCAUCGCGGCCUCCUGGGUGGGGGGCUUUGUCCACUCCAUUGUGCAGAUAGCCCUCUUGCUCCCACUCCCCUUCUGUGGACCCAAUGUUCUUGAUACUUUCUACUGCGAUGUCCCACAGGUUCUCAAACUUGCCUGCACUGACACUUUUGUCCUUGAGCUCCUGAUGAUCUCCAACAAUGGCCUGGUCACUACCCUGUGGUUUAUCUUCCUGCUGGUGUCCUACAUGGUCAUUCUGACGAUGCUGAGGUCUCAGGCAGGGGAAGACAGGAGGAAAGCCAUCUCCACCUGCACCUCCCACAUCACUGUGGUUACCCUACAUUUUGUGCCCUGUAUCUAUGUCUAUGCCCGGCCAUUCACUGCCCUCCCCACAGACAAAGCCAUCUCUGUCACCUUCACGGUCAUCUCCCCUCUGCUCAACCCCUUGAUCUACACUCUGAGGAACCAAGAAAUGAAAUCAGCCAUGAGGAGACUAAAGAGAAAGCUCAUACCUCUUGAAAAGUGA